GUGAGGGGCGUGUUAGAAUAUAAAUAACUGUUCCUGGGCCACAACCACAAGCUUGAGCUUUUGGUUGAAUGGGUUCCUUGACAUGGUAUCAGAGCAGCCCAGUUGUCCGAUCACAACAACAACGCCCGGAUCACAACCCCAGAUCCGUUCGUGAAGAGCCUGACGGGGAAGACGAUCACCGCCUGGGUAGAGCCAUCCCACACGGUGGAAGAGUUGAAGAAGAAGAUUCAGGACAAGGAAAAAAUCCCGGCGGUUGGGGUACGGUUCUGGGGUUGGACCGUCUGUGGCGUGUCCAUAGGGAGGGUGUCGGGCUGUCGUCCGUGACUGGUGGGACGGGUCUGGGGUUGGACCAUCAGUGGGACAGGAGCAUGUGAGCCUGGGCUUGGAGGAAAAAUAGGGGUUAUAGGAGAGGGUGACGGGAGGGAUGACAAUUUGGGAUAUGGAAACUGAUCCUCGACGAACCGAACAUGACGAGAGACAUAAACUUUUUGAGACACGGGUUCAUAGCAUUUAUACCCUUUAGUGGUGACGGUCGACCGCGGUAGCCUCCUCUACCGCAAACUCGACCGUUUGUAGCGAGAAGUGCUGUGCGAGGUUCGGUGAUGGUAGACUCGGUGAGGCUGAGUUUAUUCUCCAUCUCCAGGUUUAUUUCUUCGGAGAUCAGCCAUCCAGAAAGCUGAUUUAACGAAAUAUUGGUAUUGUUCAUGCGAAUGUUUUNCUCUUCUUUCAAGGCAUCGAGAUCCGAGAGAAUAGUUGCCACAUCAUCAAGACUGUUUGUUUCAGCCUCUUAAUGGUUCAGAUGUCUGAAUGGUUAAGAGAUUUACCUCUGAAUGGUUAAGUAUUAUACAGAGUCUGAAUGGUUAAGACCUCUUAUCUGAAUUGAUCAGACAUUUGCCUCUGAAUAGUUAAGCAAUAUACUAGCUCUUAAUGGUUCAGACCUCUUACUGGUUCAGCACUUAAUGGUUC